AACAGACGUCGUCGUAUUAAUUCAGUUAUCAAAUUCAUUCUGUAACAUACCACUGUAUACUGUAUCCGACACGACACCAACUCCCUACAACUCAAGUAACACAAAUUCGUCAAACCAACAACAACAGGCAACAGCUGUGAAUGAAUCACUCAUCACUCUGUCUCACUCUUAUUAUGUGUCACUCUCUCCCACACUUUUCCAUUUCACUCUCACCUUUCCCAUGAUCUCAAGUCUCCACCACCCCAACACUGAAUUCUGCAAUUUCCCUCAACCAUUUCCAAUUCCCUCUUCUGGGCACCGUUAAAUUUCCCAUCUUGCCACCGAUAUCUCAUCUGGGUCAUUCCAUGGCGCACGCGAAGACCGAUUCCGACGUCACGAGCAUGGACACGUCAUCGUCGCCAAAACGCGCCGUUUACUACGUGCAGAGCCCCUCGCGCGACUCUCACGACGGCGACAAGUCGUCGACGGCGACGCACGCGACGCCGGCGUGCAACAGCCCCGUGGAUUCGCCCUCGCACCAUUCCUACGGGCACCACUCUAGGGCUUCUUCUUCGAGCAGGGUCUCCGGCGGGUCCUACAACAUCGCCUCUUGGGGAAGGAAAGUGACCCGCAAAAACAAAUUAGGGUGGCCUCAUGAGUGCAAGGUCAUUGAGGAAGAAGAGGAAGGGUAUUAUGGGGAAAGACAAGGCUUUUCUAGGAAGACUCAGAUCUUCGUUGGGGUCCUUGGCUUUGCCUUCAUUUUCACCCUCUUUUGUUUCAUCAUUGCUGCGGCUGCCAGGCCUUAUAAUGUUCGGAUCAGUGUUAAGAGUUUCACAGUACACAACUUCUUAUUCGGAGAAGGGUCGGAUAUGACAGGAGUUCCAACCAAGAUGCUGACGGUAAAUUGUUCGGCGAGAAUGACAGUGCAUAACCCUGCAACCUUCUUCGGAAUUCAUGUCAGCUCUAAAGCAGUGAAUCUUAUGUAUUCUGAGAUGACAGUUGCAACUGGUGAGCUGAAGAAGCAUUAUCUAUCGAGAAAGAGUACCCGUACAGUGUCUGUGAACCUGCAAGGAAGCAAGGUUUCUCUAUAUGGUGCUGAUGCAAGCUUAACUGGCUUGGUGGACAAUGGAAAAAUACCAAUGACUCUUGUCUUUGAAGUUGGAUCGCUAGGGAAUAUUGUUGGGAGGUUGGUGAGGUCCAAACAUCGAAGGCGUGUCUCUUGCUCAGUGGCUAUUGAUUCCCACAACAUCGAACCCAUCAAACUUAAAGAGAAUGCAUGCACAUACAAUUGAGAGGUUUUGGUCUUAGCAGUAACCAGUUUCUUGUGUGCCUUUUCAAUUCAUUCUGCUGGCUUUUAGAUUUCCCGUGAUACAGGUAAAAUGGUGAAAGAAAUACUAUUAUAGAGUUAAUAUUGUAGAGGUUUUACAAGUAUAAUUUUUGGAGACAUGAGAAAUGAAAAUUAGUUAUAAUGUAAUGGUAUAAUUCUAUUUCCCCUUCUUCCUA